CUGCAAAUGCAGUGGUAUUUGAAAAUGUUAAAGAAAGGGCUUGACAUGCUGAAAUGGGCCGUUGAACAGAACGGGUACAGUAUAUCUGAAAAGCUAGAAUUAAAAGAUCUUCGAUCCGUCCAUCCGUCUCUUGGAAUCGGUUUUGUCGCUGCUCAAGAUAUCAAAGAGGAUGAAGAACUCGUUACAUUUAGAAAAGAGAAUGUCCUUUGUUUUACGAAUUCAGAAUUGUCAAAGAUUUCCGAAGUUGUAGAUUUGCCCGGUUGGGCAGCACUUUUGCUUACAAUGGCUUACGAGAAUAGCAAGUCGGAUAGUUUUUGGAGGCCCUAUUUGGAUGUCUUUCCAAACAGAGAUCGGAUUACGUCUCCAUUCUUUUGGGAAGAAGAAAAGAAAAAGAAGUUGCUAAGUGGUACGGUCCUUGAAUCUAAUCGAGAUUAUGAAGAGAUUGAUCAUCUUUGGAAGGAUUCCAUUGAACCUAUUAAAGAAAAAUAUCCGGAUCUACUGUCGAAUGUUCGCUUUGAUGAUUAUGCUCGUAUGGCAGCUGUUAUGCUUGCUUAUAGCUUUGACACAAAGAAAACAGCAUCCAAAGAGGAGUCUGCAGUUGAGGAAGAGGGAGAUGAGUCGAAAGAUAUUCCGCAUGAAGCAUCCACUAGUAAAGAGGUAAAAAGCGCAAAAGGCUCUUCCUUCCUUGAACAGGAGGGAAAUCGUAAAGCUGAACAAGAAGAAGAUAGAAAUUCCGAGGCAGAAGAUAGUGAUGUGGAAUCAGAAUAUGAUCCUGAAGAGUUUGAAAAGUCAAUGUGUCCCGUUGCGGAUAUGUUUAACGGUGAUGAUGAAUUAUGCAAUAUUCGUCUCUACGAUUUGGAUGGUCGGCUGACCAUGAUUGCUUGCCGUGAUAUCAAGCAGGGAGAGCAAGUUUGGAACACAUAUGGAGAAAUUGACAAUUCAGAGUUGUUUCGAAAAUACGGAUUUACAAAACCAGAAGGGACUCCUUAUGAUUUUGUGUUGAUCAAAGGUGAGGACUGGUUGUCGGAAUAUGUAAAGAAGAUUGGACAAGAAGAAGUAGACGAGAGAUUAGAAUUGCUUCUAUAUAAAGAAGUCCUCUCAAAUAUUGAAGGAGAUUUCACGUUCUCUGCGGGUGAUUUAGACUUCACAGGCAUCUGUUUGUCUUUUGCAACUAUGGAGAAAAAGGAAAAGACUACUCAAGUACCCAAAAAGUCAGAAAUUCAGCCAAAGCAUUGUCGAAAGCUGUUGAAGAUUAUAGAGAAUCGUUUGCGAAUGUACCCUGAACUUGAAGAUCCGAAAACUCUAGACGAAAAGAACGCUAUCGUUUUGAUAGAAAAGGAGAAAAACCUACUUCAAAAUCUUUACGACAACGUAAAAGACAGCUUGGCAAAAAAGACACCAAGCAAGCGUCAAAAAACAGAAGACUGAGAUAGAAAAGAUGCUCUCUUAGCGAAAGGAAAGGAAACGGGAUUUUGGUGGUUUGUUUAUUAGAUUGAAAUUAUGGCUAUAAAUAUAAUAAGUUUGUGUAUCAUA